UGUAUACAUACUAGUAUUACAGCUUUGGAUGUAAGUCAGAUACCUACUGUGCACAAAAUGCAGUCGAGUCUGGAAAACGUCACCUGAUGACCUGCAUUUGGAAACCAAUAUGUCACUCAGGGAUAAAUCACGUUUCCAAUGUGAAGUCUGCUCAAGACAUUGUAAAGGCAAUUCUCUUCUAGAAAUACACAUGCGUGUUCAUACUGGUGAAAGGCCUUUUAGGUGUGGAAUGUGUUCAAAGGAUUUUUCGACCAAGAGUAACAUUAAAACGCACAUGAAGAUCCACAGUGGACAAAUCAAAUUCAAAUCUGUGGUGUGUUCCAAAGGAUUUUCCUCGAGCUCUUACUUACAACAACAUAUGAUGAUUCAUACUGACGAAGAGUCUAGUUUCAAAUGUGAAGUGUGCACAAAAUGUUUUAUGCACAGGUCCGGCUUAAAACAGCAUAUGUUGAUUCAUUCUGGUCAGAAAGCUUUCAAAUGUGAAAUAUGCACAAAAUGUUUUACACACAGUUCUGGCUUAAAACAGCAUAUGAUGAUUCAUACUGGUGAGAAAGCUUUCAAAUGUGAAGUGUGCACAAAAUGUUUUACGCACAGUUCUGGCUUAAAACAGCAUAUGGUGAUUCACACUGGUGAGAAACCUUUCAAAUGUGAAGUGUGCAAAAAAUGUUUUACACAGAGUUCUGGCUUGAAACAGCAUAUGUUGAUUCACACUGGCGAGACACCUUUCAAAUGUGAAGUGUGCACAAAAUGUUUUUCACUGAGUUCUCGCUUGAAACAGCAUAUGGUGAUUCACACUGGCGAGACACCUUUUAAAUGUGAAGUGUGCACAAAAUGUUUUUCACUGAGUUCUCGCUUGAAACAGCAUAUGGUGAUUCACACUGGCGAGAAACCUUUCAAAUGUGAAGUGUGCACAAAAUGUUAUAUGAGUAGUUACUAUUUGAAAAAACAUAUGUUGAAUCAUACUUUUGGGAACCUGUUCAAAUGUAAAGUAUGCACAAAAAGUUUUAUGCACAGUUCUGGCUUAAAACAGCAUAUGUUGAUUCAUGCUGGUGAGAAACCUUUCAAAUGUGAAAUGAGCACAAAAUGUUUUCCGCAGAGUCCCAGAUUGAAACAGUAUAUGUUGAUUCAUACUGGUGAGAAAGCUUUCAAAUGUGAAGUGUGCACAAAAUGUUUUACGCACAGUUCUUGCUUAAAACAGCAUAUGGUGAUUCAUACUGGUGAGAAACCUUUCAAAUGUGAAGUGUGCAAAAAAUGUUUUACACAGAGUUCAGGCUUGAAACAGCAUAUGUUGAUUCAUACUGGUGAGAAACCUUUCAAAUGUGAAGUGUGCACAAAAUCUUUUACGAGUAGUUACUAUUUGAAAAAGCAUAGGUUGAAUCAUACUUUUGGGAACCUGUUCAAAUGUGAAGUGUGCACAAAAUGUUUUACACAGAGUUCUGGCUUGAAACAGCAUAUGCUGGUUCAUACCGGCGAGAAACCUUUCAAAUGUGAAGUGUGCACAAAAUGUUUUACACAGACGUCCAACUUGAAACAGCAUAUGUUGAUUCAUACUGGCGAGAAACCAUUCAAAUGUGAAAUGUGCACAAAAUGUUUUAUGCAUAAUUCAAAAUUGAAACACCAUAUGUUGAUUCAUUCUGGUGAGCAACAUUUCAAACGUUAACUGUGUAAAAUGUUUUAUGCAGGUUUCACUUGAAACAACAUAUGUUGGUUGAUAUUGGUGCAGAAACUUUGAAAUGUGUAGUAUGCACAAAAUGUUUUACAUAGACUUACAAUUUGAAACAACGUGUGGUUUUAUACUGGCUAGAAAUCUUUCAAAUGUGAAGUGAGCACAAAAUGUUUAACAAGGAGUUGCCACCUGGAACAACUUAUGUUUGUCGAUAAUGCCGAGAAACGUAUAAUUCCAGUUUAAAACAACAUGAACUAUGCGAGAAAUAUUUUAUGUAGUUUUCACUGGAAGGAACAUAGUUCGUAUAUUUGAAACACCGUGUGUUAAUUCAUACUAGUGAGGACGCUUUGAAGGGUGUGGUAUGCACACACUGUUUUAGACAGAGUUACAAUUUGAAACAACAUGUGUGGUUUUAUACUGGCGAGAAACCUUUCAAAUAUGAAGUGUGCACAAAAUGUUUUACAUAAAGUUCCACCUGGAAACAGUGUAUGUUGAUUCAUACUGUUGAGAAACAUUUCAAAUGUGAAGUGUGCAAAUAAUAUGUUUUAUACAGUUACAACUUGAAACAACAUACGUUGAUCUAUAUUGGCGACAAAGCUUUCAAAUGUGAAAUGUGCACAUAUUUCUGGCAUGUUUUGCACUUGAAAAAACUAAAUGUUGGUUCAUUAUGGCGAGAAACCUUUCAAAAUUGAAGUGUGCACAAAAUGUUAUGUACAGAGUUCCAGCUUGAAACAGCAUAUCAGUCCUUGUCUUUUAAGGUGCGCGAUUGCGAUCGCGCUCGGAUAUUGCAGAUAAUUUCAAUUUGGCAAGUGUUUAAAAUAACGCACAUUACAUUUAACAAACAGCACGUAAAAUAAUGCUGUAUAUUGAUUGCCACUAUUUACCUUAUGUAGCUGAUAGAAAGACCUGUUUAAUAAUACCAGAAAACGAAAUGUGACGGGAAUGGUAGCGGCAGCGUCCAUGUAAACCUUUAAUAUAUCACUGGUACUUAACUUUGCUGUACACAAUGGAAAACACUGGUUUAAUAGACAUCUUGAAAGACAUACCAAUCCGAUCAAAACUCCUUUGCCUAUUUAAGUUAUUAUUAAUUAGAAACAGUCUACUUUUGUAUGGUAAUAGACCACAACGACUGAUAAGGCCAACUCAUUUAUACCAGUGUUCGAGAUUAACAGUAUCCUGAUAUCCCGGGGAUAGCAGAAUUUAAUUUGGGAUACCAGACUUCAAGAACCCAGUACCCCGCCGGGAUACCAUAUAAUGUUGUUUUGUAAUUUUUAUUUUUCGUUGAAACAAUAAUGUCAUCAUUUACCGGCGAAGUUAAGUAACAGUUGUUUUAAGCUCGUACCUAAUGAUAUGCCAUAACAAUAUUUCCUCACUGAAAUACACGCAAAAGGAAAGUAGCCAUUAUAAAAUGUUUUCAACCAAUACAGCAUUUUUCUAUUUAUUAAAAUUAAAAUUGGUUUGCUUGAUAUUUGAAUAUCAGGUAACCAUAUCCAAAAGUGGGAUACUAAAUUCUCAAGUGGGAUACCAGAUUUUAAAAAGUUGGUAUCCAACUGGGAUAAUGCACAAAAUGUUCAAUCUCGAACACUGAUUUAUACUGUUCAUAUAGUUAUGAAAAAAGGGAAUUGAAUUACAUAGUGGCUUCUGUAGCCUACACAAAUGAACUUGUUACAGAAAUCAGCGAAGUCGGUAAAAGUGUCUCGAUUAGUUCAUAACUGUUUACAAAGCUUACGUGAGGUCAAUAAAAUGGCAAUCAUGUAACUUUCUUCUUUUUUAAAAAGAGAAAUGAAAUGUAGACAUUGACAAUUCAAAAGUAGAUGGAAUAAUAAAAAAAAGGAAAAGAUAUAAUAACAGGUAUGUAGGAAUAGGCGUAGGUAUCGUUACAAAACUUCUUCUUUUUUUAUCUUUAAAAACAAUUCAAAUAAAACUUCAUUUAAAUAUUUGUAUCUCAGCCAGAGGUUAACGAAUGUACAUCUGUUGUUUAUAUAUGUAUAUAUGUAAAAAAUAUUGUAACAGUAAACAAUGAUCAUAACCAACUAUUUAAUAUGUGUUUGUUUUAAUACGUUUAUUAGAAAGUCACAGAGCAUGUGACUGGAAAAUGAUUUGAUGUGCAGUUCUGGCAUAUUGACCAAUCAGAGCUGUCGGGGUCAGAUUAUUUUUACUCUUGGAACUCUGGCUGCACGCACACGCUGGUCUACUUGACAACUUG